AUGGAUGCUUCACCCAGGACCCGGCGGACGCGCUUCGUCUGCGUGUCGGAUACACACAACGCUACCGUCAAGUUGCCCAGUGGUGAUGUCCUCAUUCACUCUGGCGACCUCACCAACACGGGCAGCUACAGUGAGGUUGGUUAUUCUCGAGUGAGGCUGUUCCAUCGCCUGCCGCUGACUAUAUUCCCCGUCGUCCAGCUGUCGAAGCAGCUCGCCUGGCUGGCCAAGCAAACCUUUGAGUGCAAGAUUGUCGUCGCAGGCAACCACGAUCUGACCCUAGAUGGCGGCUUCUACGCCGAGCACGGCCUUUACCACCACAACACCAACCCCCAAUCUCCAGAGGACUGCGAGAGACUCAUUCUUGGCACCCCUGGAAUCACAUAUCUCAACCACUCAAGCACAAGGAUAACUCUCACAUCACCAACUGGCCCACGAACAACCUUCUCAGUCUUUGGCUCGCCCUACACGCCCAAGAUGAGCACGUCGACGGGCCAAUGGGCCUUCCAGUACCAAGCCGGCGACAUCAACCUCGGACGCAGGAUAUGGCAAGAUAUUCCCCUCAACACGGACAUCCUCAUCACCCAUGGCCCAGCGCGCACCCACAGAGACGAGCAGUACCUCCGCCAAGACGGUUCCGGCGGUGGUCCUGCAGGUUGCGAGGCCCUAAGGCAAGCCAUGUGGCGCGUCCGCCCGCGAUUCGCUGUCUGCGGUCACAUCCAUGAGGGUCGUGGUGCUGAGCGCGUGCGGUGGGACCUGGACAACCCAAACGUCAAGUUCAAAGAGAAGGCGGCACCUGAACUCUGGGAAGAUCCGGGGGCUGGCAAUAACAAGAUCUGCCUGGAGUUCGAGGUCCGGAAGCACGUCAUAUAA